AUGGCGCCUGUGGCAGGAGGAAGGUGUGGGGAGCGUGAUCUGUUGAAUGGAGGGAGGCGGAGCAACAAGGGAGCAGACGCGGCGCAAGGGGAGAAAGGACGGGGAGAAGUAGUGCUACGAGGAAGGCCUAGGGAAUGCCGUGGGAAGUCAGCAGCAUCAGCCGCAGCAGCAGUGCCGUCAUUGCGACACUUCGCACCGUCAGCACACCAUGCUUGUGUGCUGCGCGCUCUCUUCCUCUUGUCCCUGCUCCUGGCGCCGCCUUCACUGCCAUGCCUCCUCUCCCCCUCUCCCCUGGGAACGCUCAGACGGCGCUCGCUCACAGCCGCCGCCGCUGUCAUCAACGCCGCCCAGUAUCCCAUAGUGGAGGAGUUUCUGCUCAAUGCUGGCCCGUUCGUCGAGUCUCCUACAUGGACCAGCACAGCUACCUGCGACGGAUUUAGUCGGGAAACCAAAGGCCUCACAUGCGACGGCGGUGGCAUCGUCAUAUAUAUGUUUAUCACAGGCUUGAGCCAAAGCAUCCCGUCGUCACUCUACCAGCUCACCACCCUCCAGAGCCUGUCAAUGAGCUGGUCAACAGAGACAGAGCAAGUGGUGUCUGCCUCCAUCAGCGACCUCGUCCAGCUCCAAGAUCUGAACUUGCGGUUCAUGCUUACUGGUUCCAUUCCUGCAGCUAUCAGCAAUAUGAAUCGGCUCUACAUCUUGGAUUUGUCUGACAACAUGCUGGAAGGCCCGCUGCCAGCAACCCUCUGCCUUCCUUCUCUCCAGUUCUUGAACUUGCGCAACAACUCCCUCACUGGGCCCAUCCCUGCUGCUAUCAGCCGCAUGACAGACUUACGCAGCCUUCGAUUGGGCCAGAACAAGCUAUCAGGGCCCAUUCCCUCUCAAUUCAGUGUGAUGCAGAGCGCAUAUAGUCUAGAGUUGAACAACAACGAGCUGUCGGGAUCCAUUCCUUCUCACCUCACAGCAAUGGAAUCCUUGAAUCACCUACUCCUGGGUUUCAAUCAGCUGACAGGAUCGAUUCCACCACUCCCUCUACAGCUACUCACACUGGAUUUGAGGAGCAACCGGUUGGAGGGAAGCGUUCCAAAAUCGCUCUCUUCCCUGAGACACCUUUCUGACGUGAACCUGGAUGGCAACAGGCUAGAGGGACCUUUACGUACUGUUUUCGGGUCUUCGCUUGGGAGCAUCUCAUUGAGUGGCAACCGAUUCAGAGGCAGGAUUCCUCCCAACUUCUUCUAUGUCAGCCAAGGGCAAUCAGCUGGGUCGAGCAGUUUGCAACAGCCCCUAACCAGCAGCAGCAGAGUGUUCCCAUUCCUCGCAUAUAUCUUCUCGGCACACCUCUCCACCAAUCAAUGCAUGCCAUCCGUCUUCCUACUCCCCUCCUCAAGGCAGUGA